AUGGCCUCUGGAUCUGGGUCUACACUUGCUCAUAGAAGCGUGGCUAGUAUCCGUGGAGGUCCUCCUCAGGGGCCAAGUCCGUCGACUCCACAUACCCCGAAUCGCUCAUCUGUUAUUUCAUCCUACGGCUCACCAUCGACUAUCCGUGCCGAUGACGAGUUCAUCGUUGUUGAGCUAGGCUCACGCCAUAUCAGAGUGGGAUUUGCGGGCGACACAUCUCCAAGAGUCGUUCUUCAAUGCAGCCCUGAAGAUCAAAGGCGGGCUGGAGACUUCAGAGGAUGGCAGCAACCGAAACGGUCACCUGGCUUGCAAUGGUCAAAGGAACAUGAGUUUUGGCGAUAUGAUCUAAGAGAUAUAGAGCUUGGCCUAUAUCAGGAUAAGCUGGAGCGUGUGCUACAUGAUGCUUUCUCAAAGUACUUGCUUAUCGAUUCCAGACCACGAAGACUUGGACUGGUUUUGGACUCUGGAGUACCUCUUCCACUGUUGACAGCCACUUUGGAUACCCUGUUUAGCAGAUUUCAGUCACCGACUAUCUCUCUCAUGUCAGCACCAUCCAUGUCGGCCAUCUCAGCAGGUGUCAGAUCCGCAUUGGUGAUAGAUAUGGGCUGGGCAGAAACUGUCAUCACCAGUGUCUAUGAAUACCGGGAAGUCAAGACAACACGUACAGUCCGAGGCGGCAGAGCACUUUUAGACACGCUUUACAAAACCAUCGAGCCAUUAAUACCAGGUGAACAUGAUGUUACCAAACAACGAGCGUUAGGCUUUGAGGAAUGCGAGGACAUCAUGUGUCGUUUGAUGUGGUGCAAGCCAUCAGAAUUUCGAUCAUCCCAGCGACAGUCGACCCAGCUAGAAACAGUUGACGAGCAAGAAGAGAUCGAAGCUGAGUCGGCGCAAGCUGGUAUUCCAACAGGGGUCGCCCAAAUACCCGUUAACACAAGUCGUCGCCCAUUGACAGUGGAGCUUCCCUUUGAGAAGCUUGCAGAGGUCUGCGACGAUACCUUCUUCGACCCUUCAGCAGACCGAGCGACAUUUGACGACGAUGAAUUACCGCUGCACCUGCUAUUGUAUAGACAUCUUUUACAACUACCACUGGAUGUACGAGCACUCUGCAUGUCGCGCAUAAUGUUCACAGGAGGAUGUUCCAAUAUCUUGGGCAUCAAGCAACGGAUUGUUGACGAUCUCACAGCUAUCGUCAACAAGAGGGGAUGGGAGCCAGUGUUCGGAAAGGUUGUGGACAAGAAUCGCAAUAGUGCUAGGAUUCAUCAGCAGUCCAGCGCCACUUCUCCUACAGAAGGCUCGCCAUCCUCAUCACCAGGUGAAGACGAACAACGCAAAUCUCCCAAGAACGCAGCCGAUUCAAAGGCAGAGCACGACCCGAUAGAAGCCAAGGUUUCACGACAGCGGGCCACGGUUCCACAAUUUAAGGGCCAAAUCCGGGUGAUCCAUACUCUUGGGCCGUGGAUUGGAGGUAGCCUACUCUGUCAGUUGAAGAUUCCUGCCAUGGCGGUUAUCGAUCGUGAGCCGUGGCUCGCACAAGGCGCCAACGGAGCUACUCGGCCUAGCGAGGUGGACUUCAAGGCACAACACAGACAGAGCGUGCAGGCAGGAGGCUAUGCUCGGGGAGGUGGAGGACAUCACGGAAACUGGACUCUAGGUGUAUGGGGCUACCUGUAG